AGUUGCACGGAUUAAGUGCGAUCACUCUAUUAUGUUUUAUUUCACAGAAAAAUUUAAUCACUUUAUAUAAUCAUGCACAAAAUAGUGAGUAUAGAAAGAUCCUUUUUUAGUAUGGCCUCAAUUGGCAUCCAGAUCUUAUUUUUAUUAGAUAUUAAUUUGUAAAAGGAUAGAGAAUUUACCAUAAAAAAAACACCUUUAAAUCACAUAUCAUUACUAUACUACAAUCAAAAUGAUAUAAGAAGGGUAUCAGCAAGAGUGGUUUAGGGAGAAUCAGUGUUAAGGUUCAAGUGAACAAGAAGGGAAAGCAACAUGCCUAGAAAGGGCUUAAUUGAAAGAAUUUCUCUUAACCUAGAAUAACCUAAUGUUACUGGAAGUAACCCUUUUAACUUAACUAAAUACCUCCAGUGUUUUUUCACCAAAUGAUAUUCAUUUUGUUCGACAAAUUGUAAUUUAUCCUCGGUUAAAUUGAAAAAUGAAAAUUAAUGAUUGAGAGAUUGAGUGAUUAAUUUUUUUAGGGCUUUAUUAUUUCUCACAUUAGAAUUUCUGCUCAUCCUCAUAAUCAUGGACUAUUUAAGUUGCAAAUUUUGUUCACCCACUCCUCCACUCAAAUACCUGCCUAUAGCACUUAUAGGUAUACUUAGUUAAGUCAUAGGAACUGAUCAACAGAUUAAGUCUUUUUGUCUGCAGUUGUAGUUGAAAUUCGAUAGUGUACCUUGAAUAAAACAAUUUAAGAUUCCCUUUUGCGAAUUCAGUAACUAUAAGUACAAUGGUCAGAUCAAUUAAUAUUGUUAUGGUAUUGUUUUUAUUUCAAAACCUUGUCUAUUAUUUUGAUAAUUCUAAUAAAAACUUUGAACAUUAGUAAUAACAGCACUCCGGAGGCUGUGAACACUUGUGCUUUAUACGGCUUAUUAACUUGGUUUAUAAAUCCCCAUCCUACCCCACCCCAUCCCAGAUUUACAUCUUCCAAUAUUUGCUAUACACGACUUUCAAAAAUGAUUGAAGUUCACUACCACCAAUAUUGGCGGACUUGUGACGAAUCAUGGAAGCGAGACUUGAAAGGCCUUCCAUCUCAAAAUCACUACCAAGAUCACAUGUAGUUGGUGUCCAAAAGUUUGAAAGAUGUAUUGGUGUGUUAUUUAUAUCAAAACACUCUUGUAAGACACUUUUGAGACCUCAUUUUAGUGCUUUGCGGCAUAUCAAGCCAUUUCUGAAAGUCAUGAAUGACUUCUUUAAUAAUCUCAAUUAUAUUUUUUUUGGCAACAUGAAGAACUUGCAUAUUUCAGAUGUCAAAUGAUUAUGUCCUGGGCAACCCAAAAUGCCACAUAAAAACAUUACCCUAAAAAAAUCCAAACUUCCUAAUUGGCUUCUGAAUGUAUAUUUUUGAUAGACCAUGUCCCAUUCAAUGAAGAGAAAUGGUUGAAAAAAAAUGUAUUUUAUGGUGUAUUUCAAACUUCCAUUAUAGUUUGGUGGGUAGUAAACAAAUUUACUAGUACACAGCCUCGUGGAUUUUCAACUUGUAUURUUCAGUCCACCUCGAGGUCUAAUUGUUAAAUAGCUGGUGUUUUGGGAAGCCAGAGCUAUAUAUAUUAAUAUGUGUUGCUGUAUCCAGACACCUUAAAUUUCUUUAUUGGAAUUGCAAUUGRUAGAGCAAAUUUCAUAAAUUACUGUGCAAAAAAGCAUGGCACUUUCAUGUCUUGAUCGUGCCGUAGUGGUUAUGUAUUCUUGAAGCACUUAUAUUUUAAUUUGGCAUUGAUACCAGGCAAGGUGCUGUGCCAUGACCAUGCCGUGAUCUGUGCACCUUUGCACAGUCAUUAGAAAAUGGCUCUAAUAAAUCUUUUCUGGAAUUUUAAGUAGAAUGGGGAUGCAUACCUGAUUUUAGCCAAUAAACAGUUGGUCAAAAUUAUGUGUACUCGGCAACUUACUGUUAAAAUGGUGGGAACUUAGCAGUAUUUUAACUUACUGUUAAAACUGUUUUAUCAGCAAAAGUGGAUGUAAAACAAGUUAGAUAUGCUAAUAUUGUUAAUUGAUUGACAGGUUAUUAAUGCAGUGUUAAUUGGCAAUGCCCACUAGUGCCUGCAAUAUAUAUUUAUAUCAUCUCUGUGUACUUGCUCGAAUACUCUGACAAAUUUAAUAUGCACAAAUUUGUCAGAGUAUUGGAAUCCCUCAAUGAUGUGAUGCGUAGCGAUGACACAUAUUUUUUACUGUUUCAUUGGUGAAGCAACUUGUGAUCCUUUCGAUGAUCUUUUUCUAAAUUGUGGACUGCAUAUCACACUCUGACAAUUUUAAAGAAUCAGUUACAUAUAAAUCAGCUUAGAAAUAAUAUUUAAAACUUAUUUAACUUUUAGCUAUCACAACAAUCUAACUAGCAAUAAUUCCUUUUCCCUUUAGAUGAAACAUCAAAAUUAUGAAAAAGUAGAAAAGCUAUUCCAGAGGUGCCUCAUCAAAGUUUUAAAUAUAGACUUGUGGAAGUUAUAUCUUACUUAUGUCAAAGAAACAAAAAGUUCUCUUCCAAAUUUCAGGGAAAAAAUGUCUCAGGCUUAUGAGUUUGCAUUAGACAAGAUUGGCUUAGACUUUCAUUCCUAUCAGGUGUGGAUGGAUUAUAUAAGUUUUCUAAAGGCUGGGGAGGCUGUAGGAUCAUAUGCAGAGAACCAAAAGAUUAUGACGAUAAGAAGGGUCUUUCACAGGGCAGUGACUACACCCAUAAUUAAUGUUGAGGCAAUAUGGAGAGAGUAUAACACAUUUGAACAGGGUGUGAACAAGACACUUGCUAAAAAGCUUAUUGAUGACAAAACUAGAGAAUAUAUGAAUGCAAGAAGAAUGGGCAAGGAAUAUGAAGCUACUACAAGAGGUUUAGUGAGAGGAGCACCAUCAACUCCUCACCAGGGGAACUCKGAGGAGAUCACACAGCUUCAGAUCUGGAAGAAGUAUAUUUUCUGGGAGCGUAGUAAUCCACUGUGGGUGGAUGACACAGUGUUGUUAACCAAGCGUGUCAUGUAUGCUUAUGAGCAAUGUUUACAGUGUAUGGGGUUUAACCCUGAUAUCUGGUACGAAGCAACUUCAUAUCUGGAGACAACUAGCAAGACAUUAGCUGAGAAGGGUGAUAUGCAAGCAUCCAAACUACUAAGUGAUGAAGCAUCAAAUCUGUAUGAAAGAGCAAUAAAUGGUCUGAUGGGACUAAAUCUGUUAAUAUACUUGGCAUAUGCUGAUUUUGAGGAGGGAAGAAUGAGAUUUACAAAGGCUAAAGAAAUUUAUGAAAAGUUCAUUGGUCUUGAAGGAGUUGACCCCACACUGGCAUAUAUACAGUACAUGAGAUUCUCAAGGAGAGCUGAGGGUGUCAAAGAGAGUAGAGCUGUGUUCAAGAGAGCUAGAGAGGAUACUAGGACAAACUUUCAUGUUUUUGUAGCCUCAGCUCUGAUGGAAUACUACUGUGGGAAGGAUAAAGCUGUUGCCUUUAAAAUCUUUGAUUUAGGACUUAAGAAAUAUAUAAAUGAACCUGAAUUUGUUGUUUCAUAUGUGGAUUUCCUGAGACAGUUGAACGAUGAUAACAACACAAGAGUACUUUUUGAAAAGGUCCUCACCACCAUGCCAAAAGAAAAAGCAGGGGAUGUGUGGUCAAGGUUUUUAGAGUUUGAAACAGUCAGUGGUGAUCUCUCAAGUAUAUUAAAAGUAGAAAAAAGAAGAUUACAAACAUAUAAAGAGGAGUUAGAUCACCAUGAAACUGCAGUGCUGGUUGACAGAUACAGAUUCUUAGACCUUCUUCCUUGCACACAGACAGAAUUGAAAAUUAUGGGAUAUACGGGUCCAACCAGGCAAGCAAGCAAUACAUUAGCAUUAUCGUCAGUGGACUUUCUUAAUGAAGAAGUCAGUGAAGAUAAAACUGUCAAAAUGCGUAUACCAGACACAUCACAAAUGAUGCCCUUUAAGCCAACUGCAGGAACAGCUGGGUUUCAGCCUGUUCCUGGGGGAGUGUUUCCAGUCCCUCCAGCUGCUGCUCACUUAAUGACUUUAUUACCACCCCCCUCAUGUUUUCAGGGGCCAUUUGUUGUCAUUGAUGAACUCAUUAGGAUGAUUUCCCAAUGUACCAUACCUGAACCACCAAGUCAGGGGGAGACAGGUAUUAAUGGCUUUGAGGACAACAUGGACACAGACCAUUCAAAGAGGGGUGUUAAGCGUGCAAGUGGGAAUGACAGUGAUGAUGAGGGCUCAACUGUCGCCCCACCAUCAAAUGAUAUAUAUCGUAGCCGUCAACAGAAGAGAAUCCACUGACUCAAAAUGAUCAUAAUAUGAUUUUACCAUGCAUGAUGAUGUGUAGUGUAUGGAAAGUUUGAGGAUAUCGAGUAUUGUUGAUGAAGUAAUUUCUGUCAGUUAAUUACACAUCUGAUAAUGAGAAAAACAAUACAAGUUAAAUGUGAAAAAUCAUGAUUAUGCAAAUGUGAAGUUGUAUAAUCAUUCAAAACAUCAGGUGAAAUAGAAUAUUCCUCAUGCAGUUACAGCUGUUGAUUGUAAUACAUCAGUUCAUGGAAAUUUCAUUAUAUUACAACUUUUAGAAAAUUGCAUGAAGAUAAUACUUAAAGUACACAGUACACGUUUGAGAAWUCAUUUUUAUGUGAAAGGAGGCAUGUUACUUAGCACUGUGAAUUAGAAUUGUAUAUACUCUGAACUAUAGGCAUUUAAAGUGCCUAUGCACCUUGGACAAAUAUUGUUUUGAUUUAAAGUUUAAGUCCUCAAUCAUAACAAUUUUUUCAGAGAAUGAAAGUCACCAAAAUUAAUAGAAAGUCUUGAUUUUACAGCRGUUUGAAAUUCCAUUAUAAGCUUCCCUUUUUACAACAGAUACAUUGUUUUA